AUGUGUGAAAUCAGUCUACCAACCGUCUGGAUACUUGGUGGACCCGGUAGCGGCAAGGGUACCCUUUGUGACAAGAUCGUUGCUAAAUACGGGUUUACUCACAUUUCGACUGGUGAUUUGCUGAGGGAUGAAGUGAACACAGGAUCAGAACGUGGCCAAGAAUUGGUGAAGAUUAUGAAAGAAGGAGCCCUAGUUCCCACGUCUGUUGUCAUGGAGUUACUUAAAGAGAAAAUCAAAAGCAAAGUAGCAACAUCCAAAGGUUUCCUAAUCGAUGGUUAUCCACGUGAGAAGAAACAAGGAGAGGAAUUCGAAACUGCGAUAAAACCGGUAGACAUGGUAUUAUACUUGGAAUCCAAAGACGAGACGAUGGUGCAGAGGUUGCUCAAACGAGCUGAGACCAGUGGUCGGUCAGACGACAAUAUGGAAACAAUUAAAAAGCGGUUGCAGACGUUCCACGACAAUAACGAUCCUAUUAUAGAAGCUUACAAGUGUAAAGUAGUUAUAAUAUCGGCCGAACAGAGUCCAGAGGCUGUUUUUGCCGAAGCAGAGAAAAAACUUGAUACAUUGGUUGCAUAA